AUGCGCUCUCAUAUCCAGCAACUCGCUUUGGCUGCUGCUUUAUUGGGGUCUGGUGAUGCUGCGCCGGCCGGCCUUCUCGACGGUCUCGGUGUUGUUACUCAGCUUUUGGCUCUCCCGACCGACUAUGUUUCCACUUUGACCGGGGUUCUCGGCACAAAACCGGGGAGCGGCGUUGGGGCCGGAGUCCUCAACGCCGGAGAUCUCCAAACGAAGCUAGGUUCGAUCUGGAACACCGGAAGCACCAGCAACUUCUACGAAAAUAUCCAGAAGCAAAUCGGUCAAGGCCUAGUCCCGGGCAAUUUACUUUCCAGCUUCCAGGGACUCCUCGGCACCGGCCUUUUGAGUAGCUUGGAUCUGGCCAACAAUGCCAACAAGCUCAUCGCUCCCCUCAACGGGAUCGACUCAACAAGCAACAACAACCCGGUAAACCCGGCCAAGCCUGUCUAUCCCAAGAAGGGAGCCGCCGAUGCGCCUUACACCCUCUCUGAGCAGCAGCUUCGCCAGGCCAUCCACAUACCCGAGACAUUCACUUACGGCCAGAAGCCCCCGGUCAUCUUCAUUCCCGGAACUGGUGUCUAUGGAGGAGAGGCCUUUAGCUCCAACCUGCUGAAACUUUUCACGAACGUCCCCUACGCUGACCCUGUCUGGCUCAAUAUUCCCGGUGCUCUCCUCGGCGACGCCCAGGUCAACUCGGAGUACGUCGCUUACGCCAUCAAUUACAUCAACGGCAUCAGCAACAAAAAUUCGAGCAUCAUCUCCUGGUCCCAGGGAGGUCUGGACACCCAGUGGGCAUUCACCCACUGGCCUUCCACCCGCAACGCCGUUGCCAACUUCUUCCCCGUCUCCCCCGACUUCCACGGAACUGUUCUCGCCAACGUUCUCUGCCUUGCGCCCGGCAAUGGUGCCCUCGACGCUCCCUGCGACCCUUCCGUCAUUCAACAGGAAUAUAACUCCGUCUUCGUCAACUCUCUUCGCUCCCGCGGAGGAGCCGAUGCCUACGUCCCCACGACAACUUUCUAUAGUGCCCUCCUUGAUGAGGUUGUUGAGCCCCAACAGGGCACUGCUGCUUCCGCUUACCUGACUGAUGCUCGCCGCGUUGGUGUCAGCAACAUCGUCGUCCAGUCUGUCUGCCCUGGCCUCCCCGCCGGUGGCUUCUAUGGCCACGCCACGAUGCUCUUCAACCCCUUGACAGCCGCCUUGAUCAAGGAUGUUCUCCAGAGGGGUCCGGGUCCCGCCAAGGUUAGCAACAUCAACCUCAACGAGGUUUGCAAGGAUUUCAUUACUCCUGGCUUGACCCUCGAUGAUGGAAUUGCUACUGCUGGCUCGAUUGUAGCUGCAGGUAUUCGCUUGCUGGCUUACCUCCCGAAGCUUAUCGCCGAGCCCAACUUGAUGGCUUACGCUCGUGCCUAA